AUGACGGCAAGCUCGAAGAAAAAGAAGGAGAACAAGAAGAAGGACUUUCAGAAACCGAAGUUGAAAGUCGGAAAAGCGAGGCCCAAGGCUGCAAACACCACUGACACGAGUUUCCGCGCCAAAUCAAUUGCUCUAAAGCAACAAGCUCUUUCUACUACCGCUCCAACACUAGAAGCGCAAUGCGCUCAUCAUUUGGGACUUCUUAAUCAUAAGUCAGACACGCAACGGAAGGAAUCUCUGGCUUUCUUAACUUCAGCAAUCACCAGCAACCCUCCUACGGUCCCAUUACCACAGCCUGCAUCUGUCAUCAUUCCGACAGCUCAGCGGCUGAUUUUGGAUGGAUCAAAUAGUGUCCGACAACAACUGAUGAAACUCCUCCAGAGUCUGCCACCAGCCGAUGUUGCUAGCCACACGGAUCAGCUGCUUCUCCACACAAGAGCUGCAAUGACGCACUUGGCCACCGAAAUCCGUAAUUUCGGCCUUGAAGUGCUCGAAUGGUUAUUGGGAGUUGCUGGUGACGAAGUAGUCAGCUGUGCUGGAGGUUGGGUGAAGAUGCUAAAAUGCUUUCUCAGCUUGCUCGGUUGGCAAAGUGAAGCAUCGAGCAAAUGGUCAACCGGCAAGUCGUACGGGAAAGCUGAUACGAAGAUGCAAGUCAAGCAAAUGAAUGCAUUGACUUCAUUCCUCCGCGCCGGGCUUUCCCACGCGCAGAUCACAGCUUCCAUUGAUAUCAACGGCAACGAUUUCCCGCUUUGGCACACGCAGCAUCACGUCAUUUCGGAACGAUCGAAUGUCUAUGCUCACCUCAACUUGUUUGGCGCUGCGAGAGACGAGGAAGCCGAGAUGUACGAGGACCGUGAAGACCGACAAAGACUGUUUCACGAUCGAGCAGAAGCUGCCAUCGUUGCAGGGCUGGAGCAAGCCACCAAAGCUGGUGGCGAGAUAGGACGUGCAGCCGCACAGAUUCGAAAGGUCGUCAAGGAAGGCAUGGCAGACUUCUAUCGAGAAGAAUCGAUGCCUUGA